AUGCCGCAUCCCCCGGAAUACAUCGAAUUCCUCAAAUCAAUGGAAAACUCCAAACAAUAUCAAAUCCUCAAUAACCUCGUCAACAGCCCUGAAGCAAGCGUCGAUAAUGCACUGGACCAAAUUACUGAUCUGACAUUAUCUGCACUUGCACCCUCUGAUGAUGAAAACUUUACACCCGAAAACGUCGACUAUAUUCUCUCCUUCACCCUAAUGAUGCUUGUCCAGCGCCUGGAGCCAACCAAGCACAGCAAACUCGUCCAAUUUCUCUAUGGACUUCAAAAGCGCAUAGUGACAGAUCCAGCGACUGGCGAGCCACUUACAGUAGGACCUACCAAGAGAGUUCUCUGGACGGAUCUGCCUUCAUUUGGAUACACUGAGUUGGAAAGCUGGGACGAGUGUGGGGGUGAAUAUAAAGACCCCGAAACCCCCAACCUAAAAGGUGAACAAAGACAGCGUUGGAUCAACGAAAACGCCUUCAUCGCCCAAUUCACCCAAGCCGCCGAUAUCAGCUACGAACCCCCCUUAGACCAGAACGAUAACAUCCAUCCCAUCGACAGAUCCCACCGGGCACUCCGAGUAUUCAAGCUCGCCCUUGAAAAUGACGAUAUCCCCAUGCCAACACUCGCCAAGACGGCUGCCAUGGAGGCUGCGUGUAUCUGGUUCAUCCACGCCGCGGCCCGGGUGUGGGAUAAUGUCCGAUAUGGUCGUACUUAUGAUCCUGAGGAGUUUGGGACUGGGCCCGGUUGUAAGAGGUUCGCGGCUCGGGGGUGGAAAGGGUAUGAGCAGGAUCGAUGGGAGGUCUGGGGGGAGAGGUUGCGGGAGGCGAGAGGGGUUUGUGGGGAUGAGAGGAUGAGAGGGUUGAUUGAUGAGGCUUUGGGGUGUAUGAGCCGGGUGAUGGAUAAAUAG